ACAGAAUUUUUAUUAAAUUGAAAACAUCGAUGCUUUAAAAACUAAGCUGAAGCAGAAAAUAGACUGGGGAAAGGGACUGUCAUGCUCUCUUGAUGUCAGGAAAAGAGUACUUACGAUUGAAAUUUAUUUUCUUUUUAAUCACUUUCAAAUCACACAGGGUUAAUUUACAGUAUAAAGUUCUUUAGGAAACCAUAAUCCAAAUGGUUUUAUCUUCUUCUGUGUCUCAUUUCCAUUUUAUUAGCAAACCGAACAAAAAAUAUAGAAAGCAGGCAUAGGCUGGAUACAGUGACUCACUCCUGUAAUCCCAGCACUUUGAGAGACUAAAGCAGGAGGAUUGCUUGAGCCCAAGAGUUUGAGACCAGCCUAAGCAACAUGGUGAAACCAGAUGUCUACAAAAAAUACAAAACUCAACCGGGUUGUGGUGGUGCACACUUGUGGUCUCGGCUACCCAAGAGGCUGAGAUGGGAAGAUCACUUGAGCCUGGGAGGUGGAGGUUGCAGUGAGCCAAGAUUGUGCCACUGCCCUCCAGCCUGGGUAACAGAGUGAGACCCUGUCUCAAGAAAAAAAAAAAGAAGGUAGGCAUAAUCAAAUUUGCACUUUGUAUAGUAUUAGAGACUGUCCUACAUGCUGGUUGGCAUAAACAAGGGUGGAGCCAUUUAAUAGACAGAAACCUGUAUCUAGGUUUGAAAAACUCAUUUAUUAAUUGAAAGGCUGAGCAAACCAGGCUCACGUACAGGACUGGAAAGACCUGUGCUUUAUGGAUGUGUGUGUGGUGGGGUGGGAUACGGGGCUUUAUUUGACUAUAAGUGCAAUGUGACUCAACAUUGUAAUCUAAAAUGUGCCAAAAAGGCAUAUACAAUCUUAGGAAUGAUAAGUGCAGCACCCAGAAGGGAAUAUUGCAAGUUUGACACAGAGCUAUGGCCACAUCAGAAUUGUGCAGUAUUCCAUUCUGAGCACCACAUUAAAGGAGUUGCAUUGGCAGACUGGAAUCUAUCCUUGAAAGGGUAAUCAGGAUGUUGAAGAAUCUCAAAACUUGACAAGGAACAAUUGGUAAAAUAACCUUGAGGAGUCAUGAUUGCUGAUUUCUAAUAUUUGAGGUAUUGUCAGGUGCAAGAAGGAAUAGGCUUUCCUUUCUGUUUCUCCAAGGGGCAACACAGAACCAACUAAGAACUUUUUAAACAGCUGUCUAAGUCAAACAGGUUGUUGAGGUAGUCAAUUCCCUAUUAAUUGGGAAGCUCAACAAGUUAUGUGCCAGGCACGGUUGUAUUCAUUUGUUUAUUGUUGCAUAACAAAUUACUCCAAAGUUUAAUGGCUUAAACCAACAUACAUUUACCAUCUCACAGUUUCUGUGGGUCAGGAGUCUAACCACAGCUUAGCUGAAGGUCUCAUGAGGUUGCAGUCAAGCUGCAAUGAGAACUGAAAUCUGUCUGAAGACUUGAUUGAGGACAGAGAAUCCACUUCCAAGUUCACUCUUGUAGUUUGUUGGAAAGCCUCAUUACCUCACUGGUUGAUGGAGCUGUAGCAGGUUGAAUUGUAUCUCACAAAAAGAUAUGUUCGUAGGUUCCAACUCCUGGUACCUGUAAAUGUAACCUUAUUUGGAAAUAGGAUUUUUGCAGAUGUAAUCAAGUGAGGAUGAGGCCAUGCUGGAUUAAAGUAGACCCUUAAUCUAAUAACUAGUAUCCUUAUUAGAAAGAAAAGCCACACAGAGCACAGAGACACAAAGAUACACAGGGAAGAAAGCCAUGUGAAGAUGGAGACAGAGAUUGCAGGAAUGCAGCUACAACCAAGGAACACCAAGGAUUCCUAGGAGCUACAAGAAUCUAGUGAAGAGGCAAGGAGGGAUUCUUCUCUAGAGCCCUCAGAGGCAACAUAGCCCUGCUGGCACCUUCAUUUUGGACUUCUAGCCUCUAAAACUCUGAGAUGAUACAUUUCUGUUGUUUAAAGCCAUCUAGUUUGUGUUAAUUUGUUAGACAGCCCUAGGAAAUGAAUACAGAGGCUUCCUUUAGUUCCUUGCCACUUGGACCUCCCCACAGGGCUACUUCCUGAUAUGGAAACUAGCUUUCCCAAGGGAGUAAUCCAAGCAAGAAAUAGAGUGUGAGAGAACACUCAAUAUGGGAAACAUGGUCUUUUAUAACGUAACCUUAGAAAUGGCAUCCCAUUACUGCUGCUGUUCUAUUAUUUAGAAGUGACUCAACUAGUCUAGCCCAUGCUCAAGGAGAGGGGAUUACACCAGGGUAUGAAUAUCAGGAGUCAGGAAUCAUGUGGAGUAAUCUUAGUGACUGCCUAAAAGACUGGUGCCAGGCCUCGAUGAUGCUUUCUAGAUGUUCAUGACUUAGUGGGAAAAAUGAAUGUGUAUAUAAACAAGCGAUAGUCUAUGUGUUAGAUAUAGCAAGGCAGGCUUUGAAACUGGACAAUGGAACUGGAAUUUGAGUCCGGACACCAUUAUUUACUAAAUCCUUCUGGAUGACUUACUAAAGGUCUCUGAGCCUUAUCUUUCUCAUCUGCUUAAAUGGGAGAUAAUGCUGUCAUUAUAGCAUAUAUAAGAUAAGCAUGCAAAACCAUGUAGUAUGGUAUCAAACAUACAGUAGGUGCUUAUUUAAGAGUAAUAGUUAGGAUUAUUUUAGGUAUUUUAGUAGUGGUAAGUAAUCAGUAAGAAAACGUAAUCACUGUUAAUGAGAUGACAUAUUUAAUAUAGCAUCUUUGUUAAUAGUGUCUAAAACUAGUUAAGAUUGCCUGAUUUACCUGAGCUGGCGGGAAAAACCGGCCCCAUGAGCAUCCUCUGGGCUGGCCCAGUGCACAGGGGGAGACGCUCCAUGGCUGGUCCUCCCUCUGUCAGCCCAUGCGGCCGCCAUGACCUGGAGCACCACCUCCCGGGGCGCCCACCAGCUCAACAGCACCACAUUGACGUGGCAGCUCUUCCCCGUGCAACCGCUGCUGUUGGCUAGCAUCACACUGCAGCUCUUCUUCUAUGUGGGCCUGGCCUUCAUCGGUCUGGACCUCUAUUACUCCUCCAGCAGCAUCAAGGAGCUGGAGUACAACUACACUGGCCACCCGAGCACCAGGAACUGUUCCGUGUGUGCCACGGCCUGCCAGGGCUGGGCACCACCGCCUACCUGCUCAUGUGCCUGGUACUUCUCACCGUCUGAGCUCUUCCAGGGCCCCGUGUACCCCUACUACGUGCUGACCAACUUCUGUCAGAACAACCGGUGGUACGCAGUAUGCUGCGACAAUGCACAGCUGAGCGGGCUGCCCAGCACACUGCACCACCCAGUCAAUGGGCACAUCCCCUGCACCACCUGCCUAUCCGCACCCUGCAGCGCCAUCACCAACAGCCUCUUCAAUGAUUCCUUCUCGCUGUGGCACCAGCGCCAGCCCUGCGGGCCCUGCAUGAAGCUACCGCACUGCACCAGCAUCGCCCAGUAGACUGACUACCCCCCCAAGUUCCACAACCCACUGCAUGUCAACUGCAGCCUGGUACUGGCCUUGCAUGGCACAGCACCCCCACUCCACUGGCGCCGGCCAGUCUAUGAUAAGUUCAGCCCCAUCUCCAACAACAUGGGCUUCAUCAACCAGGGCUUCGUGGUGUGGAUGCUCAUGGUGGCGCUGCCCACAUUCCGCGAGCUGUAUUUGCACAUCUGUUAGGGCUACUACUCACCUCGUGGCGCCUACGGCGUCAACAAUGCCUACAACUAUCCUGUGCGUGCAUUCGGCAGCCACAAGCUCCGCAUCUUCAGCAGCAUCUUGUGGAUGGCUGGCAAGAACCCCUUCCUGGGCAUCGCCUACCUGGUCGUCAGCUUCCUCUGCAUCCUCACCGGCUUUAUCAUUCUGGUCAUCUACAUUCACUACCAGGACCAGAAAGAUGACGCCGAUGAGGAGGAAGGCUGAUUCCAGCUUUCCAACGACCCUUCCUGCUGCUUGCUAAAACUCUCACGAGCUUCUUUCAGCCUCUCCCCUUUACUCCUCAUCCUAUUCCAGUCUCUCCUCGCUUUUCCUCCCUUUGUGAAUGAGGGGGCCAGAGAAGGGACAAACCCCUUUGCUCUUGGGGGCUGCUAGAGUCUCUUGCCUGGUGGUGGAGGGUUGACUGCAGAGUGAAACAUCCCUUGCAAACUCUCCCUACCUCCUCCAUGAUACCUUGCCAUGUUAGGUUCUUCAAGUCUGAGAGUGGAAGGGAUCCCUGUAGAAACUCAUUUUCAACCCCUAUCAGAAGAAGAGAUUGAGAGACCUAGCAAUGUGAAAUAACUCAGUCAAGAUCAGGCAGCUAGCAAGUGGUUCCUGAUGCUGAGGCUAGAGCUUUUGCCACUACAGUACAGUGGUUUUCUUUUCUUUGUCGGGAGAGUGGGUUGGGAUGGAGAGUGAGGCCCACAAAUUACCUGCAGAGGCAUGGAGGGGUGUGGGAGAGCAUAUUUGUUAAAUAUACAGGUAGAUUAGGAGGCAUCAACCCCAGAGAUUCUGACACAGUAAUGCUGAGGUGAGAUGCUUGAAGCUGUUUUAACAAACUCCUCUGGAGACCUCCAUAUUCCCUCAAAUUUGGAAAUCACUGCUCUGAACCAGGUUGGACCUGAAGCAGUCACCUGAGUCCAGUUUUUCAGGUAGUAAUCUGUUCCCAGAGACAGUGACACCAUAAUGUUGCAGGUUUGUUAUGGCUCUCUACCUUAAAUAUAGUAAACUAUUAAUGACUUGUAGAAUUAAUUUUUUUUAAAAUCACUAUCUCUGAGCUGGGAGCGGUGGCUCAUGCCUGUAAUCCCAGCUCCCCGGGAGGCUGAGACAGAAGAAUCAAUUGAACCCAGGAGGUGGAGGUGGCAGUGAGCCGAGAUGGUGCCACUGUACUCCACCCAGCCUGGGUGACAGUAAGACUGUCUCAGAAAAAUAAAAUAUAAUAUAAUAAAUAAAAUAAAAUUUAAAAAUCACUAUCUCUGGAAAACUAGUUGGUGUACAGACUUGUAGGACAGGGUUUGUGUCAAUUCAUUUGAUAUUUUCAUAUAAAAGCAAACAGGCAAACUUUACCAGGUACUGUGUAGAAACGUGAAGAUGUGAGGCCAGUUUGUACAGUUCAGAGGGAAUGCUUUGACUGUAGAAUCAGAUAGCUGGAAGAGAUCUUUGAGGGAAAGUAAUUUCCCUAAAGUAACACCUAUGUCUCCUGGCCCAGUCUUUGUCAUUUAAUUUGUGUGUGUGUGCACGCAUGUGUGUGCACACUAACAGAGGGCUACAUUCAUACCUUUUCUCUUGGAUCCAGAAAAUUGUUUAUGUUUGACAAUGAAAUAUGUUUGUUUGUAGUAAUCAUAUUUGAAUCAGUACUAAGGCAUAUAUAGUCUUAUAUGUAAACUAGAAUCUUAAGAUUAUUUGAAUCUUUGUGAUAAUGUUAAAAGUCUUAGCUAAAAUCAUUCCAUUGAUUUUAUUGAUUGACUAACAUUAAUCAGUAUGUUUAAAGGUAUUCUAAGAAGCAAUAGUUUUAUUUUAGAAACCUGUCUUUCAUGGCAAAAUAGCUUAAAAUAACUUAAAAAAAAACCCUUUGUGAUACGUUACCAGUUUACAUGCUAAAAGCAAACAGUUAUUUGGUAUCUGUCAGACAGAAAUUCUCAGUGCCUGCUGUCUGUUAUAACUAUUUUCCAGUUACUAGUCAUUCGUUACUACUUAUCCUUAUUCAUUGAAAGCAGUGCAAAAUCUUGAAGUGUUUUUUAAUCAGUUAAGAAAUAUUGUAUUGAAUAGUUUGCAUUCUAGUUUUUUUAAUCUAGUUACUGAACAAUGAACAAUGUGCAUGUCACUGACAUCUGUCUCAGAGCUUCUGGGACAAUAAUGAUUUGAGAGAUUCUAUCCACUAUUACAUAUACCAAAAUAAUUCCAAUGUGUUGGCUUCCCAGCUUCUGAACAUGACACAAUUUUAUUAUCAGAUUUUGUAUGGUGAUUUUAGGCUAUGAAAACAUGAUUAUUAUGUGUACAUAGAGUAAUUUUUAUUUGUUAUGAAUGUUUGAACAGCUUGCUAGCCCAGCCCUCCUCUAUUCUGAAUAAGAGAGUUUGCUACAUUUUUUUACUAUGUAGUUGAGAAUAACAUGUAUUUUGUCAUUUUUAGAAUGGUCCGUUUAUUUCUAUAAAAUUUUAAAUGAGGCUGGGCCCAGUGGCUCAUGCCUGUAAUCCCAGCACUUUGGGAGGCCGAGGCGGGCAGAUCACUUGAGGUCAGGAGCUUGAGACCAGCUGGCCAACAUGGUGAAACUCCGUCUCUACUAAAAAUACAAAAAUUAGCCGGGUGUGGUGGUGUGCACCUGUAGCCCCAGCUACUCAAGAAACUGAGGCAGAAGAAUCACUUGAACCCUGGAGGUGGAGGUUGCAGUGAGCCGAGACCAUGCUACUGCACUCCAGCCUGGGUGACAGAGUGAGACUCUGUCUCAAAAAAAAAAGUUAAAUGAGACCAUGAAAGUUAAGGGGUUCUCAUUCUGAUUAAAUUAACAAAUAUGGUUCCAGGAUCUAUUCUCUGAGUUUUUGAAAGAGAAUAAAGCUUAUGUUUGUCUUUAAAAAAAUAUCCUGAUUUCAGGUAAUCUUUAAGGUGUUUGCUCACCCAGGGAAGUUCAGGUACCAGAGGAGGACUUUUUGUUUUUUUUUUAACUGUUAAGAUAACAGAAGAUAAUUGGAGAGUUUUGGAAAAUAGGUUGGGGGAGGGAGCAGAAAUAUUUGUGAUCUUACUAGUUAACAGAAUUGCUGCUUGGUCUGUUACUAAAAGCAUUUUGUUUCUCAAGUCCUGCUGUUUGCUUUUCAUU